AUGAGAGGCCUAUGGGCGCUUCCGGCCGUGUUGCGCAUCGCGCUCGCAAGUCAACAUGCGUUCAGUGUCUUUGAUGACUUGCUCGCUUUUCCCCAGUAUGAGGUUCUAUGGCCGGACACUUUUAUUACAGAGAAUGAAGCGACAUCUCUCCUUGCAGGCGGAUCACCCAGCUCGAGUUCGGCGACACCGGGAUCACAGGAAACACAAGAACUCUCCAAGCGCGAUAAGCCGGCUGCAGACACAACGCCUACAGACGAUGCUCUGGAACAUACCUACGAAGCCGUCGUAUUACACGGGCAACGAUAUCUGUGCAGCAUACCUAUAAUACCCGAAGAAGUCGCCCAAAACGACACAACCUCUGCGGAGGAUGCAAAAGCAGAGGAAGAGAAGGAACUUGUGCGCGCAACGGACCGUGGAUGGGAGCUGCUUGAGGGCAUGCGAGACAAUUGCAUAUACUAUCUGAGCGGUUGGUGGAGUUAUAGAUUUUGCUACAAGGGCGAAGUCAAGCAAUUCCAUCAACUUCCACCGGGUCGAGGAGUUCCCAUAUACCCGCCAGUAGAAGACGAGAGCGUACACAGCUUUGUGCUUGGAAGAUUUCCUACAGAAGAGAAGAACAAAAAAGCAAAUACACGCAAGACGCUCGGAAACGAGCAGGGCAGCAAGGAGGGUUUUGACGACGAACAUGAUGAGGACGAGGGUGACGCCGAAACAAAAGGCUUAGAAUUGCCCAGGCUGGAGACCAAAGGUUCAAGCAGGUACAUGGUUCAACGGUUAUCUGACGGCACCGAGUGCGAUCUGACAGGCAAACCACGCAAAAUCGAUGUUCAGUUCCAUUGUAAUCCGCAGUCCGCUGACCGCAUUUCCAUGGUUAAGGAAACCAGCACAUGCUCGUAUCUGAUGAUCGUCGACACACCCCGUCUUUGCCACGACGUUGCAUUUACACCACCACAAGAGAAACUUGCUCACCCCAUAAUCUGCGAGCCCGUCAUAGCAGAGUCGGAAGUGGAGUCAUGGACCGCUGUGCAAGAAUCCACCAAGUUGGCUGCAGCUGAGCGGCUCAUAGCCGCCCAAAAAGCUGCCGACGACGCCAAUACGAACCCUCUCCGUGACAUCACAACUGGCCUUGAAGGCUCGACAAAGCGCGGACCCAUCAUUGGUGGUAUUGAAGUUGGCGCAAAAAAGCUUGUUGGUAGCGAGGGCAAAGUUAUCGAGAGGUCGCUAGUCGUGGGUGGUGGCAAGGAAUCUUUCAUUGUUGUGGCCAGUAGCGACGGAAAGCAAAUGACUAAAGAAGAGAUGAAGAAACAUGACAUUGGCAACCUCAAAGACGUGGAGAGUUUCAAGAACACCUUGAAAAAGAAGGCGGGGAAGAAGGGAUGGAAGUUGGUCCUUGCGACUACGCGCCAAGGCAGAGAAUUGAGAGGCAUUAUUGACACUGAGGACGAUGUGGGCGAGAAAAAGAAGAAGAAAAAGAAGGACUCAGACAAGGAUGGAGACGAGGAGAUUGCGGGCAUGGGAAGAGAGAAGCAAAGAAAGAAGGAUGCUCAGCAGGAGGGUGAAGAAGAAGAAGUACAUGAGGGGAGUGAGGAGGAAUACAAGGAUGAGUUGUGA